UCCUUUAGCUCUGGUUGAUCAUUUUAGCAGAUUAGAUUUCGACUGUGAACCUCAAAAUUCCCGCUAAACAGAUCUGUAUGAAGCUUUUUUGAAGCUGAAAAAACGCAGUUUAUUUUAUAAUAGCAAAAAAAGUUUUGGACAGUUUACAUUCUUUUGGACAAACACCAAUAUUUUUUUCAAAAUGUUUUAUUUGGGUUUCAAACAUUUAUGGCCGCAAAAUAGCUCCACAGGUAGAUCAGGUGCCGGGAGAGUGAGGCGCGUACGCCUUGUCCCGCUUAGGCCACCGUACCAAAACAAGGAAGUGAUGACAAUAUGCAAUCGAUUUAAGAUUCAGUCCAACGAGGCUUAAUGAGAUGAAAAAGAAACCACCUUUGUCUCCUGCUCGACUCUGAGGUUCUGCCCGUCUUCGUGAUCGGUAGAAGAAGCUGGUUCGCAGCGGGGAAAUGGUUCAGAACAUGUUCCGAACCGGGUUCGUGGUCCGAGCGGCGCACACCGGGUUGACGUGGGUCAUAACAAUCACGCUGUUCCUGCACGACACCGCAGCCAAUGAGAGCCAAGCACUGCAAGACGUGCGGGCGCUGCGUGCGGCGCUUUGACCACCACUGUCCGUGGAUGGAGAACUGCGUGGGGGAGUGGAACCACCGCUGGUUCGUGGUGUACCUGCUGGUGCAGCUGCUGGCGCUGCUGUGGGCUCUGCACAUCGCUCUGUCGGGCCUCUCGCCCAGCGACACGUGGCAGCAGUGGUUGUGGGUGAACGGGUUCCUGCUGGCCGCGCUCGCAGUGGUGGGGGUUUUCUCUGUGGUGGUGGGGCUGCUGCUCGGCUGCCACCUCUACCUGGUCUCCAUCAACUCCACCACCUGGGAGUUCAUGUCCCACCACAGGAUCCAGUACCUGAAGAACUGCAGGGAGGAGGACAGCCCGUUUGACCGGGGCGUCUUCUGCAACCUGUGGGACUUCUUCUGCACCUGCAGGACGGUGAUGUGGGAGCAGGUCUACCAGAGAAACACUGCAGAUCCUGUCUGAGCGGAGACGCCUGAGAGGAUCAUUGUUACCCUGCAUGACAGCGACUCUGACCACGGAGGAAGGAUGUCCUUCAAACAACAACAACCUAACAUUGUUUAGUGUUUCGUGAAGACCUGCAUUUACAUGGAGGAGAGUCGUGCGUCUGCACAGCGUUCAUGCUAAACCAAAUAUUUAUCAUCUCUGCUUUUCAAACAAACACAGCGUGCGCUUUGUGCGGGCGGCGUGACGUCUGCAGCCGCAGGACGACGCUUGGUCACAGAUGGAGAAUUAGGAAGAAAGGCUCAGAGGAUUGGUUAGUCCUGCAGAGCUACUGAAGGAACAUAGAAACCCCAUCAAUCACGGUCUGCACGCCAUCCUUCUUUAUGUUUUGCUGUGAGACGUUGUUUAUUGACAGCAGCAGUACAUUAGAACACCAUGAGGUACAGACCCACACAAAGCACAGCUAGCAUGUAAUAUUCAGCAGCAUAAAGUCCGUCAGCAGGUGGCGCUGUCACAGGUAGCAGACAGGAUUGUCUGCUACCUGUUGGAAAGGAAGAGUUGUCCUCUUCAGUGAUUCAGCAGCAUCGAUCUGCAAACACCUUCACAGGUGUGACACCUUCAUGUGUUUGUCAUGGACUCCUGCUUUCAUCAUUCUUACCAGUCAAAUGAACAAACAAUUAAGGUUUCUUAGUUAUGGUUUGUGUUUCUCUGGUCUCUACUGGAACAGUUUCUGGAUCUGAUUUGACUCUGGACUCCAGAAUCCACAUGCUGUUCUCCAUCAGGAACUCUUUCUGUUCUCUGGUCACAGUUCAUUUAAACAGCAAUUUGAUUCACAUCAUAAUUUAUGGUUGUUGAUCUGAUUCAUAGUCCAUUUUAGUUCAUUUUGAAUCAUCCCAUUCUCUGACCUCAAAUGGAUCAGAACAUCUUUGUCCAGAACUUCCAGCAGUGUGACUCAGAGAUCAAUACCUGGUACUGAACAGUUCAGCAAAAGUUUUCCAGAUUCCUUCUGUUUCUUCAAGAUAAUAAAUUAAAUAUGUGAACAAACAA